GCUCUCACAGCGGGAUGGCACCGUGGAGGACAGUUCUCGUUGCUCUGCUGUGGGAAUUUCAGUAUGUUGUCUGUCGAGAUGUCAGUCUUCCUUCUGGCCCCCUCUACCGUGUAGCAGGGUUUUCCCUGUCUUUACCCUGCACUGUUUCAGGCUAUGAGGGUCCAAGGAAACAGGACUUUGAGUGGUUCAUGUAUCGAGAGGAUGCGGCAGCACAGCAGAUCGGGGUGGUGUCCACACGAGACAGAGGCUUUUCCUAUGCCCUGUACCAGGGCCGAGUGCAAUCAGGCGAGAUUCGAGUGGAGAGGGACUUGGACAACAAAGCCAGAUUAGUGAUCCAGAGGCUCAGACCAGAAGAUCAGGGACGCUAUGAGUGUUACACCCCAAGCACUGAUUCACGCUACUUUGGGAAUUACAGCGCAUCUGUGGUUGUUAAAGUCAUGCCAGACACUCUGCUGAUUACCCACUCUCGGAUUCUGAAUGGCCAGUCCCUCACAGAGGGGACAGAGCUUCAGCUGAAAUGUGCAGUUUCUGUCCAGUCGGUGGAGCACACACACCUGUCUGUUGUAUUUGGGAUGCGAGGCACCAAAGACUCCAGCUCUCAGGGACACAACCUAAAGGAAAUCAUCUCUUUCGACCAUGAGCUACGUGUGAUACCUGGGAGGGGUGGUUCUUAUGAAAAGAGGUACAAUGAUGGUGAGAUUUCUCUGGAAAAAAAGAGUGGAGAUGAAGAAAGGGACUUAUACAUCCUGAAGAUUAGCAGGCUAGCUGUGCAGGAUUCAGGUUCUUAUUUCUGUGAGGCCUCACAGUGGAUCCGUGAUCCAUCAGGCCAAUGGGAACGUAUCGCUCAGAGGACCAUGGAGCUGGGAAAUCUUUCUGUCCAACCACUAGCGGAGACACUAUCGGUGAGCACAGUGCCAACGAGUGAGGUGACCCUGCAGCCCGGCUCGCCUCUCAACCUCAUGUGCCAGGUGUUGGGUGCCGGCGGGUGGAAUCGCUCGGCUUUACUGGUGCAGUGGUUGCGACAUGGCCUAGCAGGAGGGGUGGAGGUUGAGGUCGCCCGUAUGAGCCCCAACGGAGUGGUGAGCUGGGGGGAUGACACCAGCAGUGGAGGAGGGGGUAGCAUGGAAAAGGUGUCUGAGGGGAAAUUCUCCCUGCGACGCUUUUCUGCCCAACCUGCUGAUGCUGGACUGUACCGCUGUGUUGUGAGCAUGUAUGCCGGGCAGCUCAGUCCAGCGCCAUCAAGCCCUGUCACAAUCACUCAGAGGUCCGAGGAAGUAAUGGUCAGCGUCAAGACUAAAGCGGUCAGUGUAUCGGCUGUCGUUGAAUUACCACGUCGACCACUACUGAAGCAUGGGAGCACCAUCGUCUUGCUCUGUAACGUCUCAGUGGUGACCACGGGCUCCAGCAAGGUGGAAGUUCAGUGGCAGCACAAGAAGGAGGUGGAAGGGAAAGAGCACAUGCCCCCAGUGGACGCCCAAGGCCGUAUCCUGGCGACUCUAACCUAUGAUGGAGUGUCUCGCAUCUACACUAAUGAAAGUGAUGUGAGCGUCGAUCGCAUUUCUGACAGAACCUAUCGCUUGCGGAUUUUUUCAGCACAUGAGAGUGACCAGGGGUAUUACCAAUGCCUGGCUGAGGUGUGGGCAGAGAACCCCAAUGGAGGCUGGUACAGCACUGGUACCAGAGUAGAGUCAGCAAUGAUACGUGUAUAUCUGUAUGCACGAGCUGCUGACCUACUCCUUAUACCCUUGGUGGUUGGUAUCUCGUCUGCACUGUUUGUUGGAGGUGUCAUCGUUGCCAUGGUGACUUGCUGUUUCAUGAGAAGUCUGGCAAAGCAGCGCUCCCAAAGAAAGUAGGAACUGUCAGAGUUUGCUCUGGUAGGCCAGUGAAAGAAGGGUAUGGAUGCAUGCUGUGAAUAUAAACUGGAAUUAACCCUGAUAGUGACUGUUUAAAGCUGGUAUUACAGUGCACUUCUACUUUAAAUAACAGGGACAGCAAUGUCAUUUCAUUCAUGCACUCAACAUGUACAAUUACAUUUUGGUACUUGGUGGACGUCUUUAUCCAGAGUUACUUAAGUUGUUACAGAAUACAGUUCAAUCAUUUGAAGGUUAAUGGCCCAAAACUGGCUGUGUUGAGGGUUGAACCAGUAACCUUCUAAUAACUAGUCCAGCACCUUAAAUGCUAAGUUGAUUCUGCCCACAUCGUCCAUGCUGAUUGUGUAAGGUAAUAUUCAGUUAACGUUUGCAAGCUGUUUGCUUCUUUGUCAAACUGGGCUGCAUUUUGUCUAGUUAUAGGUGUAAAGCUGGGACCAAAACCCAGUGUCAAUGUUGCUGUUUUUCUAAGGGAUUAACCACUUGGUGGUGUUUUUGUGUGUAUAAUUUGGUGUGACAUGUUUACCAUAUUCCCAAUUUGUUUUGUAAAAUAU